GUCAACAACGUCCUUUUAAUGGUGCAAUCAAAAUAAGAUAAUGCACGUGUAAAACAUAAAAUAAUAUAGUAUAAAAAUGCGUAUCGAAACUUGUUAUUUCUGUUCUUCCAGGAUAUACCCAGGACAUGGAAUCCAAUUUGUCCGCAACGAUUGCAAGAUAUUUAAGUUUUGUCGUUCCAAAUGCCACUCGGCGUUCAAAAAGAAAAAGAAUCCUCGUAAAGUAAAAUGGACCAAAGCAUACAGAAAAACCGUCGGUAAAGAAUUAACCAUAGACCCUUCAUUCGAAUUCGAGAAACGUAGGAACGUUCCAGUUAAAUACAACAGAGAAACUUGGUCUAAAGCGGUCGAAGCGAUGAAAAAAAUAGAAAAAAUCAAACAAAAAAGACAAGGUACUUAUAUCAUGCAAAGGUUACGUAAAGGUAGAGAAAUUGAACAGGAAAGGGACAUCAAGGAAGUACAAAGAGAUCUAUCGCUUAUUAGGUCACCAGCGGCGGGUCUUAAAGAAAGAAAACAAGAGGAAACGGAGGAUCAUAGAGAAAGCGACGAAGAAAUGGAAGGAAUCGUUGAAGAUGGAGGAGAAGUUACGUUAUAAUCAAUUUUCAUAUAUUUAUACUAUAAAAUAAUAUACACAAUAUACACAAAGUGUACACCAGAAUUCGUUGUGGAUAAGCAGUAGUAGUGAUAAGUGACUUUUGGUGUAGAAAUCGGGAAAUUUGAGGUUAUGUUUGACGUAAGGAAGAAAUGAAAGGAAUUAUACAAGAUGGUGGAGAAUUUCCAUAUAUUUAUACAGUAAAAUGUCGGUUAUUUUAUAAAAAAAUAUAAGUAUUUUUAAAUG